UUAAGUCCCGCCCUCAUGACAUGAUGCUCACGCGGGCUUCCUGUCGUUUCCGGGCAUAUCCCCGAAAUUGUUGCACUAUAUGCUGAGUUUCAAGCAAUAAUUAAAACCAUAUGUGUUUGGGAUUUAACUUUUGGACCUUUAUUACGUCUUGCAACACGUUUGUCCCACUUCAUAAAGACAGAACUAGAGUCCGAGGAAAACGUCUUUUGCCCCGCGCUUGGAGUAUUGAAUAUAAAUGGUCUUCACUUGAACUAAAGCCAAGCCACACUUGGCUGUCACCCGUACAAAAACAUGGCAGACAGUUUUUGCAGGUUGGAAGAUGAAGCCUUCCCCAGUUUUCUCUGCAAGUCUAUGGACAGCACCAGUGGCCGUGCCACACUGGAGAAUGUGACAUUGGGUUCAGGCCCAGGACUGCCAGUGGCUGCCUCUACAGUGGCUAAAAUUAGACCAGGAUCUGACAACAGAGGAAAUUCUGUUGAGGUGUCAUAUAUGCAGUGCAAAGAGCUGCAGCAAGCCAACUCAGAUUCAUCAGUUGGAGAACAGCCCAAGUUUGCCCUCAGCUUUAAAGAUGACUUGGACAAUGCUGAUGACUUCAUCGCAGCCCACCGUCUUUCAGACAUGCUGGUAAAGAUUAAUCUGGAUGAGAAUGCAUCUCGAAACCAAGGCUCCAUGCUGGGUCUGCCUCCUGCACAGAUGGACUUGGUGCAUGGCCGUCCCACAGAACUUGGAACAGAUCUGUCAACAGGGCUUCUCACUUUUUCUGAGCCCGGACAUAAAGAUGCAAAGUCCAUACAGGCUCAGGCCUUACCAGCUAUGGCAGAGGACGACAAUGUGCAGAGUGAGGAAAUGGACAGUGAUCAUUUCAGUGGCAGUAACUCAAGCUUCCUGGCAAAUGAGAAGCUCAUGUCUGUGGACAGCAUUAACAGUGAUAUCACAGAUGAUGACAUUGAUUGGAACAACCUGCCUGAUGAUGAACUAGAGCUGUACUUCAAAAAGCUGGUCCCUCCUGCCAUGCAGAGAGGCAGAGUAGAGGGCCAGGAAAUUCCUGUUACAGGACUGCCUCGUGCUGCUGAUGACAUAACAAACUCAAGUUCUGCAGAGCCAGAAAAGUACAGACACCAGUUCCUUGAUGACUAUGAUCAGGAGGACUUCCAGAUGCCUGAUGUGCGUCUAGCUGCUACAGGUAUGGACUCCUGUCCUGCAAGUGAUGAGGGCACUGAGGAUGAGCUGGAGUCAGACAGAAGGAACAGCAGUGGCACCAGGACACGGCUAUUGCCAAGUGCUUCCAGACAACUGGUUGGAGAGAGUAAUCGUCCCAGUUUCAGGCCGGGUUUGGAAGGAGGCAGUUCUGAUGAUGAGUCUCUGAGUGGCCGUGGCAGUCAAUCUCUGUCUAGAAUUGAACAAAGACGAUCUGCUGAGGGCCAAGUCAUCAACCCUCCUGUCACAGGGGAUGGGGGAGGUGGGGAUGGAAGCAGUGGAAGCGAGGAAAGCGGGAAUGAUGGGGGGGUUUCCACCAUCCCUCUUCUGACAACUAAAGUCCAGACCACCUAUGAUGUCCUGCGUGGGCUAGGGAUUGUGGGUAGCAGUACUGCUGGUGAAGAUGAGGAUGGUGAUCUAAAUAAUCUGGCAGGACAUAGCAGGAACAGCCUUUCCAGACACACGGAGAUGGGUGACCGUGUGGGUCCUGUAGGAACAGGGAAGGCCAGCAUCUCUCAGGAGCCUUCAUUGGGAGCUCAGAGACUUUCUCCUGUCAACUGGAGCACAAUCCUGGACCGACAAGAGGCACUGAAUGCCAUGGAAAAUGCAGAGUCUGGGCCCAAUGUUGAUCAACUGUUGGACUCUGUCUAUCUGAGGAGUGGAGCUGGACUGAGAAGACCUCAGGACCUAACUGUGUCCCACCUUCAAGGCACCCAGGGGAGCUUCCACCUUUCCCAGGUUCUGCUCCCAGAAUGUGAUGACAAAGAUGAUGACAGUGGAGCAGAUGAACCUGAUGGUGCUAGGCCUUCCUUUGACUUAAGGGGAGGUCCCUGUGGUGAUGUGAUUGCUGCAGAGGCCUCAGGCAGCACCAGUGAGGAUGAUAAAAAUCCUCUUUCCAUCUCCCUGGAACCUAAGUAUUUCUCCCAGAGCUUCUACUGGGAACAAGAAGAUUCAGAUGAUGGGUGGAACAUUUGCCCUGAUAAUCUGGAGGUGCAAUUUCAACAAGAUGCCAAUGCCACUCAUAGUGUGGUUUACCAGAAUGAAGAAGGGCAGUGGGUGACAGAUCUAGCAUAUUACUCCUCCUUUGAGAAAGAGGUUGAUGAGAAGAUAUCAGAAGAUGCUGGUCAGUUUCAAAAUGAAGACUUUAUUCCUGCUGGUGAUGCUUUGGAAAAGAUCGUUAAAGAUCAGGAGGAGUUUGAGAAAGAGCACCAAUUCAUGCAGGUAUUCCCCCCCCCCCCCUCUUUCUUUUUAAUUACCAGACUCUCGUCUUGGAAGGUCCCCUCCAACAGCUACAUUCUGAUGAGGGCUUCCCAGGUCUCCUCAGAGUUUAAGCAGGAGGACCAAAACUACCUGCGACUCUCUUUAGGGCAGUUUUUUGGACAACGCUCUGAAGCCUUAGGCAGCCUGGGUAGUACUAAUGAUAUGAAUGGAGUUAAACGGCCAUCCUUUGGCUACAUCAUUAGCUCUCCAGAGAAGAGGGAGCCAUUUCCUCUGAUUCACCUCUCAGACUUGUCGACUGGAGACAGAUCUCCUCACAGUGAGACCAUGGAACUCAGCGAUGCAGACAGAACACUCAACCCAGAGGAUCUAGACAAAACUGUCGAGGUGCCAGGUGAGAGGAUAUCACCAAAAGGAGAUAUUGAUCCAGAACCCUCUGAACAGCAGGGCCACACUGCACUGCCUGACCAUGACCACAUUGAGGACUCCAGCUCUGAGUCAGGCCUGGGUAACCAAAGCUCCGCAUGCCCGGAUAAUAAUAGCAGUCAUUUCAUGCUGAGUAUCAGCACAAUUGCCUCAGCUAUUGCCGACGCAUCCAUCAGCACUGACCCAUCACAGUUAGCUGUCAUGAUCAUGGAGCUCUCCAAGAGGAGUAGGGCAAGUAAUCGGCCUGCAUCCUCUGGAUCUGUUGGACCAAUUGUUAGCAAAAAAAUGCGAUCUGAGCCAGAUCAGAGUGCUCUUUUGGACACACUGCAGAGAAGCACCUGCGUUGGAGAGCUGAGCACCUUUGACAUGGAGAAAUAUCUUAAAAAAACAGAUGUGUCUGACAGCAGUGAUGCUUCUGUGGCACACACCACCCUUGACCUGACCAGCUGGGCUGGCAACCUCAUCAGGAAUCCUCAGGCAGGAUACCUUGAGGAACAGGGGAGCUCAUCUCGGCAAGUGAACAAUGAAACUCAACAGUCCACACGUACAAAAACUGAGGAGAAAGAGAGAAGAGGGGAGACAGCACUAAACACUAGCUCCUCUGCAAUGUUCCUGUCAAAUGCACCUGGUAAUAAAGAUGAACCUAAAAGAAGCUCUGUUCCUCAGUCCUCUUUCAGCUCUGCCAGAAGCUCGGUGGGCUUAGGGCAGUCUUCCACAUUCAGGCCUCCUACAGAAGAAAUGACGACUUCUUCUACCACCAAGACUUGUAGUUUCUCAGACAGGACUCACACAGAAAAUGUCAAGCCAGGAGAACUAAACCCACAACCAUCUGAGAAUAUUAGGUCUUCUCUAGAACCGCAGCAGAAGAGCGAGAAGAUCUUUGCUGCUUUGUCUGGCUUGCCCAGCACUUCCCCACAGUGGAGGAAAGAGCAGUCAAGCCUGCCUUGCCUUAAAAGUUACUCUCCCCUAACUCACAGGGUGAGGCGUGCAGGCCAGCAGCAACAGGACAUACCUAGUAAUUCCCCUGAGAAAAAACCACCACCUGGGAACAUCAGGGCUGCUGCACUACCUCAUAGCUCUUUGGAAAAACAUAUUGGCUUCUCCAGCCAAAACAUCCAGCCUUCACUAGAACCUGCAUCUGAGCCCUCUGUUGAGGAGACGCAGUGUAAUUUUAGACCAUCCACCGCGCCACUCACCCAUUCCUCUCCAAGUCAGACCUCAGUCCCCAGUGCUGAUAGUAUUGGAUCGCCUCCUUCGUCCAAUGGAGGUCUGGCAGAUAAACAUCAGAAUCUUGACCGCUCUCCUCAGUCUACCUGCUCCAGCCCUAGUCUCAGCAGGCUCACAUACAUCUCAAUGAAUGAUGGCACUGUCAUACCCACACCUGAGACACAAGGGAAUAACUGUACUAUGGCACUGAGCACCACCAUCAUCAGAUUCAGUCCAACUCCAACCGUGGAACCAGAUGCUGAGUCUAACCUUGAUAUUUGUUGCCAACCCAAACGCUUGGACCAGGUGCAACCACAGCAGUCUAAAAGUCUGGACCCUCUACCAGCACAGCAGUGUAAAAGCCCAGGGCCUUCACGUAGUGGCUCUGCACUGAGCUGUACUCGCAGUCAAAGUGAAUGCAACUACAGCUGUCCAGGGGACAGGACUGGUGAUACUUCAGCAGGUUGUAGAACCCACAGGCACCUCUCUGAGUCCACUGUAAGGCAGCUCACUAAAGUGGACUCGGGCUAUUGUAGCAAUCUGAACAUUCAGCAAACUAACAGUAUCACAGCUCCUCAGAGCUGCCAGCCAUUGGGAGCUGCUAGUGCUGGUAGCCUAGGCAUUCCGCCAGCCUACUCAUCAGAGGGAUUUCACUAUGUGCCCAUUCCCAGCUUUAAGCCCCAGUGUGCUGGCUUGAUUGACCUUCCCCGCCAAGGAAGCAUGCAGUCCCUUCUUACUGGAUGCUCCGUGUACAACUCCCAGCUGGGUCAGCAGUAUUUGGGAUCUGAAGCUCCGUUACCUCCCCGUGCUUAUCAUGUGGCAACAACAGGAAGUGAUCUCUACAGUGUGUCCUCCACAGGCAUACCCAACAGUGAUCCAACAGUAAGACACAUCCAUCCAACAUCAGGCUCUGUAGGGAUUUCUGGGGCAACUGUUGCUCAUUACCUCCCUCGACCUCAUCAGAACCAACAGGACAUGGGAAUGAUGGGAAAGGCCUAUGGUCAAUAUGGUGCCGAGCCACUGAUGUCAGGUGGUCUUGAGGAACUGGGAGGACAAGUUGUGGUACCAGAGGAGCUGCGGUUCCCUCAUGCCUGUUGCGUAGGCAUUGCCUCACAGACCUCUCUCAGCCUCUUCAACCCCUCUGAAAGGUGGCAACAAGUGUCGAUUGCAAUCACCAGCCUGGCCAUUGAUGGAGAGAAGGUGGAUAGCUUGCCUUAUCAGUGGCUGAUUGUUAAGAACAAAACAAUCAUUGGACCGAAGAGUACAGAGGAGCAGAAGGUGUUGUUCAUACCUCCACAGCCUGGUGUCUACCAGUGGGUCCUUGGUGUUUGCUCUUGGCCUGCUUCUGCUGAGAGAGAGGUGGCUGCAAGGGCUAAUAUCUUUGUUAAAAAGGUGGUGCUAGUUGCCAUAGCGGAGAAUCCUGCACUAGAGGUUGAAUUCAGCACAUCUGACUGUUUGGAUUUUGGAGAGCUUCCAGAAGGCGGUGCCAAAUCUCUACCUCUCAAACUGCUCAACAGGACUCAUGCCACUGUGCCCAUCCGUCUGGUCAUCAGUGCAAACGCUACAGCAUGGCGAUGCUUUACCUUUUCCAAGCAUGAUAUUACUACGACUCCCGAGGCAACACAGACGGCUGGACACUUGACCCCGGUGUCUUCUCCCUCGGUUCUGAAUCAUGUGAUGCAUGCCAGCUACAGCGAGAAUCCAGAAAGCUUCAUAGUGUGGGUACAUUUCAAGGCCCCUCAGAAGUACACAAACAUUUCAGGAGAGCUUGGCCCAGCUGAUGAGUACAUUGCUCGGGUGGACAUUGAAGUGGACUCCCCUGGUCCAAGUCAUGUGAUCAGGAGUAUUCCCCUCAGGGCCAAGUCUGGAACUGCAAGGGUUCAUGCUCCUAAAGACCUGCAGACUAUUAGUCUGUCUGCUCCACUGGGUAAAUCUAGUCAACAGAUCCUGCCACUGAAGAAUGCUGGAAACAUUGACGUGCACCUUAAACUUAAGAGCAGUGAUGUUGGGGACAGUUUCUCUGUGACACCUGAAGAACUGUUUCUGAGUGUAGGAGAGGAGCAAAAGGUGGUUGUGUCCUUCAAAGCACAGGGCCACAGAAAAUACAGAGAAAGCCUUCUCACUAUCUUGGUGCUGCCGUCAGGCCCCCAGUAUGAGGUAACCAUGAAAGGAGAAGUUGCCCCAGAGGAUUCUGGGAAACCUCACAUUCCCUCUGCUGCUGUCUUCGAGCCUGGUCUAGCCAGUAACAUCCCACCAAUUCUCUCUAAUAAACAGUUCGUAGCCUGGGGAGGCAUCAGUCUGGGACGAGCUAUCCAACAGAAACUGGUUCUAAGGAACAACUCUACCAGCACCACACAGCAACUACGACUGCUCAUUCGUGGUCAAGACCAGGACUGCUUUCAGCUCCAGAGUAUGUUCAGUGCUGAAGAGCGUUUGACUCGACAUGGGGAACUGUCCAUCCGUCCCAGAGAAGAUGUGACUGUCCACCUGCUCUUUGCUCCCACCAGGGUGGCCUGCAUGUUGGCCAAGCUGGAGAUCAAACAGUCUGGAGUCCGGCCUUCACAGCCAGGGGUCAAAUUCACGAUUCCACUUUCGGGCUAUGGUGGGACCAGCAACAUCAUCCUGGAGGACCAGAGGAAACAGACGGAUGGUUAUGUGGCAACACUGAACAACAUUGCUGUUGGUCAUGUCAGCAAAGUGUGUCUGUGUGUGAGGAACACUGGUUCCAGGGCAGCCUUCAUUAAAGCCGUGUGCUUUUCUGAUGUGCAGACGCGAUCGGUUUUAGAUCCUUCUGUUGUUAGCCUCACCCCGUCACAGUUUGUACUGAAGGAAAGGACACAAGAGGUGAUAACUGUGCUCAUGAAGUCCACAGAAAGAGAACAGAGGUUGUGUCAGUCAACCAGUGGCCAGCUGGCUACUCUCUGUCUGUUCUGUGGAGAUGAGGUUUCCAGGCAGCAGUACAGGAGAUUGCUGCAGAGCAAACCAGAGGCUGCAGCCAAGGCUCUGUCUGAGAACAGUCUGCUGAAAAACAUCAACUUCAAUGAGAAAUUCUUGGGAGAAGACAAUGUUACAGAGAUAUAUGAUUUGCCCCAACGGCCCAAUGAGGCCCACAUCUUCUAUGGAAAUAUGAGUAAGGUUGUGGUGUCGUUACUGGGCAGUUCGAAGAGCACAGACUGUGAGGAGGGAGACCACACUAAGCUGCCACUGCCCUCUGCUAGUCAUGGUUCAGAGACAGACAGUGGUUUGGCAAAUGGCAAUGUGUCUCUAGACGUGCUGCCAGUCAAGGGUCCCCAGGGUCCAGCACUGAGAGUGACAGAGCCAUCUUUAAAGGCUUCAGAGCCAUUACAUAGACAGUCUGAGUCCUGGAACAUCCAUCCAGAAAAACUUGUCCUUGCUGCCCCCAUCAUCAAUGGCACAGCCACCACCAGUCAGAUUCAGAUUCGGAACAAUACAUCCAGGGAGCUGAGCUUUGAUUUGUCGUGGCCUGCUCACUGUCUCACCAUUACCCCUCAGCAUGGAGUGAUCGAGCCUCAGUGCCACCUGCAGAUUUUGGUCAGCCCCAACCCCUCCCUAGCAACUAAAUCUUCCCUGCUGCCCUGGAGUGGACAGAUCUAUGUCCAGUGUGAUGGCCAACAGAAAUUUAUUAAGGUCCAGAUUCGUCAGGACCUGGCUCUGGAUGUUUCUGCUGCCCCAGCAGAUAAGACUCUCUCAGCCCUUCCUCCUCAGGCUGCCACCCCUGUGCUGCCUGUGGCUAGGCUUGCCACCGAGCCUUCAGUGACACCACAGACACCUCAGUCCCUGGUUGAAAUCAGCAACAAGACCAUCAUUUUCCCCACUACUCCCGCAGGGGAAAGAUCAGAGGCCCAGCUGCAGGUGCUCAAUGGGGAAGUGGAAGUGAGGUGGUACCUGUCAUCAUUUGCUCCUCCAUAUGUCAAGGGGGUUGACAACACUGGAGAUGUUUACCGAGCCACCUACACUGCUUUCAGAUGCUCCAGGGUCUCGGGGACUCUGGGAGCCCAUGAGAAGAUGGAGGUGCCUAUCACUUUCUUACCCAGAGACCGAGGGGACUAUGCCCAGUUCUGGGACUUGGAGUGCCACCCCGUGACCGACCCCCAGCAGAAAACCAGAAUCCGCUUCCAACUGUGUGGCACUGGAAUAAAGUCUGGACCAGUGGAAGGGCCACAGGAAGGAGAUUGCUCUCUGGUCAAAACAGAGACCACAGUCAAGACCAGGAAGAGAGCUGAUGCCUCAGGAAGUAAAACCAGCCAGGAGGAGGCUGUGCGCAGGGGGGUGUAUGCUCCACAGGAAUUGUACACCUUUCCAGCCACACGGGUGGGUGAGUGCAGCGCUCUGAAGGUCAACAUCCGGAACAACUCUCCUGACGUUCAUGAGCUGACAUUUGUAAACCCUAGGCAGCCCUUCCACAUCAAGCAUGCCAGAUAUUCUCUGAGAUCACAGCACUAUCUGAAGCUACCUGUCCAGUUCAAGCCCACUACUGCAGGCGGACACACUGGCUUGCUGCUCAUCCAGUCAGAAACAAGUGGAAACCUUGUUAUUCAGCUGACCGGUGAGGCAUUGCCUUGAAACAUCCACUAUCCUAUGCCGCCACCACAUUCUGACAGGCUUUGGGUGGAUGCUCUGCGCUAUUCACAAUGGGACAGAUGAGGGUAACAGAGAAAAUAGGGGAAACUGCACACAGAUAAGGAUCAAAUAAGAGCAACCCUGGACUUAAAUAGCUCUUGUCAUCAUAUUUGGAGAUGUAGACUGUAGCUGAUUGACUGGAGCUGACUGAGACUGCUGCCAACACAACCCCGUCUGCCUCUGGAUAGAACACAGGUGUCCUGAGCUGACCCAUGAAAAAUGAAUUGUGCCUGAAGCUGAGUGAUUUGCUCUGACUGGCACACAAUUAGUAUGCACCACUCUGGCACUUCAGAGUGUAAAUGAUUUUUUUGUUACUUGACUCUGGAUCUGGUAUUUACUUUAACCCUGAGUGAUGUUGCCAUGGCCUGUUAGACGGCAGCAAGUACCAGUUGGGAUAUGUUGAGGAUUACUUGGAGUUGGUCUACAAGAAUACCUUUGGCUAUUAUUUAGUAAUGUGACUGCCGAGAUGUGUUUAGAAAAGUCACAUUGUGUUUUUUUUCCACCUUGUUGUAUAUUAGCGAUCUGAAAAAGUAACCUGAGCAUAUGCAUUUUUGUUUCAGGCUAGAUUACAUCAUUUCUCUAAUUCAAGAUUAAUUCAGGCCACAGGAGACGAUGUUUUAAGAAUCACAAGCUCAAAUUAUUUUUAAUUUCAGGCUGUCUACAUUUCAUAAGAUUUUUUCCCCUAAUCUUCUGUUUGUCUCGUUUCUAUGGAAAUGGCUCCUCAUCAUGCAGAGCCCACCUGCACAGUAGCUUUUGUCAGCACCAUGUGUUGACUUAGCAGCAGCCUCCAAGACUCGUUCCAAACAGCCCAGAUGCACUUGAUUUAGUAGUGAUCAGGGCAGUUCAGAGUACAUUAGUAUGGUUAAUGAUUGUUAUUACAUGCUAAAGUGUUUGCAAUUGACUCAGCAUAGGGGUUGGUGGGGUUUUUCUUCGGCAGCUUGCCAGACCUGCUUAGUAUGGUUACCAUGGCAAAAUGGUGUUAAUCACUGUUCAAGUCACAGAAAAUUAGCUCCUCUUUUGGCUCUGUGGCAAAUGGACAAUGUUUUUGGAACCGGGCUGACAUGCGGAAAUGUACAUAAAAAGAUGUUAACUUCUUGGAUGAUAGACGGUGGAAAUAGAAAAACACUAGUGCUGAGCAAUAUUUUCCUGCUUGUAUAGCAAGUUUUAAUAUGAUGUCAGAAUAUUGUCAUAGGCUGUGCUCAACAUGCCUUGACACCUAACAGUAUGAUUUACAAUUUGCACAUGCUUUAAAUAGCAUAUUAUGUAAUAUAUUAUUUUAAUGUACACAAUUUAAAUAAAGUUUUGUCAUGAAAUA